AUGAGACUCGAUAUCGCAGUCCUGGGGGCGCUGGCCUGCCACAGAGCAUCGGCCGCGGACAGCUGGGCUGCCGGCUUGCAUGCGCGCAAGGAUAUCAGCGAUGCUUGUCCGGACUAUGUCGCAUACUCGCAGGCCAAACAUCCGCCAUAUAGCGAAGGGCCACUUAAGCUCUCAUACCAGCGUCCCAUUCCAGAAUGCCGUACCUUUUCCUCUCCCCUGGUCGAGAAGAUAAUAAAGGACGUCACCUCGCGCAUGGUCGACAAAGACCUGGCCCGGAUAUUCGAGAAUGCCUUCCCAAACACACUCGAUACGACGGUUCGAUGGCAUGUCGACGGCACGCAGAAGAAGAAACGGAGCUCGAAGAACAAACGCGCAGGCGGCGUAUGGGACGGUCCUCAGUCGUUUAUCGUCACCGGUGAUAUAAAUGCAGAAUGGCUUCGAGAUUCAACGAACCAGCUGGCGCAAUACCAGAAGCUAGCGAACGGAGACCCGAAGAUUAAGAACUUGAUACUGGGAGCUAUUAAUACGCAGGCCGAAUUUGUGAUCCAGUCGCCAUAUUGCAAUGCCUUCCAACCGCCUCCCCCGAGCAACCUGCCGCCAACGACAAACGGUCAGAUGGACCAGGUGCACCCGGCCUAUGAGCCGAGCGUGGUGUUCGAGUGCAAGUAUGAGCUCGAUUCCAUCGCCAACUUCCUUUCCCUUGGGAACCAAUUCUACACGGAGACCAAAUCAGACGCAUUCCUUACACCGAGGUGGUAUGAAGCUCUAAAUACCGUUCUACGGGUUUUGGACGAACAGAGCCAGUCCACAUUCGAUGACGACGGGCAGUACAUUCGCAACCAAUAUACAUUCCAACGCCAAACCAAUGCUGGCACGGAGACCCUCAGCUUAUCGGGCAUUGGUAACCCAUUGGGCAACGGCACUGGACUUGUUCGCAGCGCCUUUCGACCGAGCGACGAUACCUCCAUUCUCGGUUUGUUCAUCCCUGCCAAUGCAAUGAUGUCCGUUGAACUCAAGCGGACGGCAGAUACCCUUACCAAGGCCAAGGGAAACAAGGACUUGAUCCAAAAGCUCAACCAAUACUCCGAAAGGAUUAGGGAAGGCAUCUACAACCAUGCGAUCGUAACACACAAGAAGUUCGGCCGCGUCUUCGCCUUUGAAGUAGACGGCUAUGGAUCGACCAUUCUCAUGGAUGAUGCCAACCUACCAUCGCUGUUGGCCCUACCACUCCUUGGGUUCGUCGACCAGAACGACGAGGUUUACAAAAAUACCAGAAAAAUGAUUCUAUCCAAGGCCGGAAACCCUUAUUAUCUAACUGGGUCGGCGUUUCACGGAAUUGGUGGACCACACAUUGGCCUACAAAAUGCUUGGCCGAUGUCUGUCCUUGUGCGCGCGCGCACCGCCAACUCCGACGCAGAGGUCAUGGAAUCAAUCAACAUGGUGCGCGACUCGUGUCUCCUUGGUCUAGUCCAUGAGAGCGUGGACGUGAACCGUAUCGUGAGAUAUACACGCAGCUGGUUUGCGUGGGCGAACAGUGUCUUCGCACAAACCAUUCUUGAUCUGGCUGAGAAUAAGCCGCACCUUAUCUUUGGCAAAGGCGCAAAGCCGUAUAAAAUUGCCUCUGAUGCCCAUAUUUAA